AUGCUCAGAAAUAGUAAACGCAUUGACCUGGGGACUGCUUUUCGCAUACAUCGUGACGUAAGGUUUUUCGCUGUCUUCGGCCAGCGGGGGCCUCUGCCGGGCCUCGGGGCCGUCAACAUGACGACUCCUGGGUGCGAAGCCGCUCUCGGGAAGAGUGGGUCGAGGACUCCGGGGGUGGACGUUGUGACACAUCUUGGCGUCGGGGAUUUCGCUGUGCUGGAGGACGACCAGAGCUGCUCGGCCACCGAGCACCGGAGCCACAUUGGGCGCUCCAGAAAGGCGGCUACACGUGAGCGUGACCCUGCGCCGGGGUGA